GUUACCUAAUGGGGUCUCACCUUCACAACAUGUAACUAGUAGGUACUGUAUAUUAAUUGAAAUGUAUGGUGUUAAAGGUUAUCAGGCUAAUUUUUUAUGAAAAUUCCUUAAAAUCAAAAUGUUUUUUUUAUCUAAGUUGAAUAUAUUUAAAAGUUCGAAGAUAGUGAAUUAACUUUACAGAAAAUGUGAGCAAAACAUUAAAGUGAUUUAAUUAAUCAUAAUAAUUCAAUAACCUUACACACAUUUAUAUACUGAUACAACUUCUUUGAUACAGUCCAUCAUUCGUCAUGUGAAGGAGCACGGUCUCGCCAAAACUUACCAGGACAGGACAACCGUUCAUCAGCUGAUAAGCAAGCUACUUGCCCUUCCUUUUCUACCGGGUCAGGACAUCGAGAGAGCGUUCCAACGUCUGAGGGACCGCGCCAUGACCAGCUCGCAGCCAGUGCGGGAUCUCUUCCAAUACGUCAGGGACCAGUGGUUGUGCUCAAGUUUGUGGACGGGCGACGAGUGGAGUGUCUACAGGCAGCCUGUAUGCACAAACAACGACUGUGAGGGUUGGCACCGGCGCCUCAACCAGAAAGCUGGAUGCAGCACGCUCCCAUUCUACGUGCUAGUUCCACUUCUUCAUCAGGAAGGAAAGUUGGUAUCAAUCACUGUUGCUCUUGUCUCUCAACAGGCAGUGACCAGAAACCGUCGUCAAGUUUAUGUGUCAAUGGACAAUCGUAUUGGGGAGCUUUGGGACAAGUACGAUGACCAUGACAUUGUGUGUGAAGACUUUCUUGCCCGGGUUGGUGAGAUCUAUGGCCGUAUGUAAAUCUAAAACUCAAUUAAAUUGAAAAAACAGUGCCAGUGCUUAAUAAUAGACUGACCAGUGCUCAUCAUGUAAAUAGUGUACAAAGUGUAUUAUGUUUUAUGUGAUGUAUUUUUCUUA